AUGCCACUCGAUCUGCGCCUCCUAACCACCACCCUCCUCCUUCUUCUACUUCUCCCAACACCGCUGCCUUCCGCCACAGUACAACCCCGGACGCCGUCCUUCCGCGAGGCGCCGGCUUUUCGCAACGCCGACUCCUGCCCGGCGCCGGCAGACCCGUCCGCAUCCGUUCACAUCGCGAUGGCCCUCGACUACUCAACUCCCUAUCUCCGCGGCUCUGUGGCAGCCGUACUCUCCGUCCUCCGCCACUCCGCCUGCCCGGAGAACACCGCCUUCCACUUUCUCGCCGACCCCGCCCAACACCCCGCCCUUCGCGCCACCCUCGCCGCCGCCUUCCCCUACCUCCGCCUCCGCCUCUAUUCCUUCGAGCCCGCCAUCGUCCGCCCCCUCAUCUCCUCCUCCGUCCGCCGCGCUCUCGACCAGCCCCUCAACUACGCCCGAAUCUACCUCGCCGACCUCCUCCCCACCUCCGUCCGCCGUGUCGUCUACCUCGACUCUGACCUCAUCGUGGUGGACGACAUCGCUGCCCUAUGGCGGACCAACCUCCGGUCUGCCGUCCUGGGUGCCCCGGAGUACUGCCACGCCAACUUCACCCUCUACUUCACGUCCAGGUUCUGGUCCAAUCCCGUGUUCGCCGGCGCAUUCAGAGACCGACGCCCCUGCUACUUCAACACCGGCGUGAUGGUGAUAGAUCUGGAGAAAUGGCGCGCCAACAGGCUGACCCAGAAGCUGGAGCACUGGAUGCGGGUGCAGAAACGGCACCGUAUAUACAAUCUGGGGUCGUUGCCGCCGUUCCUGCUUGUGUUCGCCGGAGACGUUGAGGCUGUGGAGCACCGGUGGAACCAGCACGGGCUGGGAGGGGAUAACGUGGAGGGGCAGUGUAGGGAUUUGCACCCUGGUCUAGUGAGCCUGCUGCACUGGAGCGGGAAGGGGAAGCCCUGGCUGAGGCUCGACGCUAAUAGGCCUUGUACCUUGGAUCACCUCUGGGCGCCCUAUGAUUUGUACAGGCACGAGCCACUUUUUGCGGACAGCUGA